AUGUUGUCGUGUCGUGUCUUGGACGCCCGCGCCAAUCUGGGCCUCACCGCGCUGCACUACGCGGCCGGCAACGGAGCCGCCGAGGCUCUCCAGCUCUUGCUCAACCACGGCGCGCGAUAUCAGAUGAAGGACCUGCGCCAGCGCACGCCGCACUACUUGGCCCAGCACAACAACCACGCCCA